AUGAACUUUAGCACCCUAAGAGACAUCUACUUGGAGGAGAGCCUCCGUGUCCUAGGAUACGGUGACCCAGAUCGCCAGCCACAGGACUUGCCUUUGAUAUCUAACCAGUAUGCUCUCGACCGGCUCGACGAACUGCCAGAACUGGGGUGCAUCGCUGCCCUACAGUCCAGGCAGGAGAGGGCCAGACCGUCGAAUGAGGUAGAGACGACCCUCAAGGCAGUAUGCUGCUGUGCCGGGCGGCCCCUGGUGGAGGCUUUCGCGGUAAUUGCCGCUCUGAAGAGGCUUACGAGGGCAGGCAGCGCCGACGCUAUCUUCACAAACCACCAGCAUCUGAUUAAGUGCCUGGUCCAGGUGCGGGAGUCGCUCGCCUACUGGGAGGAGAGCAUCGGCGCCGCGGCCUUCGGCAAGAAGCACACCCGAUCGCGAGACGUCCGGCAUGAGUAUCUAGGACACACGUUCCGGCUCGUCUACGUCAUCGCCGAUGUCUCAUUCCCCGAGAGCCUCAGGGAAUAUACCGAGGCCAUGUCAGAGGUGCUGAAAGAGGGCGAUCUGCAGCAGCAGUUUGUCCUUGACAGCGAGGUCACAUACGCUCGUUCCAAGGAGCGGACAAGAGCAGGGCUGAUCUCACCACACCAUCAAUGCCCGCGACGUUUUGUCCCACAUGGACUUCAGAAGUUGACGCCGCACUUUUACUACAACCCGGACCUGUACGGGCACCUGCAAGUGGCAAAUGAGGCCUGCAUAAAGCAGCGCAAAGACCCUCCCGAAGCAUUCCUGAAUCUGGGGAGGCUCAACACGUGGGAUAUACUCUGA